AUGGGAAGACGGUGCCGCACCGCCUGCUUACGUUGCGCCGGCUUCGCUGCUGUAGCGACGCGCGAUGGUGUCAAGCGCGACGCGGCCGCUGGGACAUACUUUGGCGGAUCCGCUACGGAGUACUCUGGAGGAGAUACUUCUGAACCCAACCUCGGACCAGAUCAGAAGAUAGAGAGCAACAUAUACCAAGACGAUGAAGAAGGUAAUGUGAAAGAAACAGACGAACUAGAAGAGAAACGGUUAUUUAGUAUCGCAGAUUAUUUAUUAGAUCCCAAAAACUUUGAAGCCACACUCCGUACAACGAUUGUGAUGAACAACGUGGGAACUGAAUCGACAUCAAGUAAUGCUUCUACCGUUGAAACGAGUGGCGCCAAAGGAACUGAGACAACGACAAUCAAACGGAAAAGAAAACAUCGGAACAAGCAGAAGCCCAUGAACCAUCACCGAUCUCACCAACAGUUAGACAGACGAGCAGCGAAAAUGAAACGUCAUCGUCAAUGUAUAAAAUAA